GCAGAGAGGGGUAGAGGACACUGAAUGGAGGCCAGUGGAGGGACUGGCAGAGAGGGAUGGAGGACACUGAAUGUUGGCCAUUGGAGGGAUUGGCAGAGAGGGGUGGAGGACACUGAAUGGAGGCCAGUGGAGGGAUUGGAAGAGAGGGGUGGAGGACACUGAAUGGAGGCCAGUGGAGGGAUUGGCAGAGAGGGGUGGAGGACCCUGAGUGGAGGGCAGUGGAGGGAUUGGCAGAGAGGGCUGGAGGACACUGCGUGGAGGCCAGUGGAGGGAUUGGCAGAGAGGGGUGGAGGACACUGAGUGGAGGCCAGUGGAGGGAUUGGCAGAGAGGGGUGGCUGAUACAGAACGGGCGGCCAAUGAGGAGGGAGUUACAAUAGUCAAGGCGAGAGAUAACCAGGGAGGG